CUGUUUGAUUGCAUUUGUCAAACAAAGUGCUGCGCAGGCGUUAAAUUACUGUAAACAUAAUGCGCCCAACCCAAAAGGCGGCAUUGUCAAUGAACGCAAAAUCAGCACAAGGACAUCGAAAUUCUAUGAAAAAUCAAUAAUUACAUAGCUACCGCGACAGGCAGCCGGAAGUGCAUUUUUUGCCAGUUCAAAUACGUGCAGCUCACUAAAAACCAAAUUCUUUAGUUAAUUGACUUAAAAAAUAUGUGGAUUUUAGAGUUAGUGAAAUAUAUAUAGAGAGCACAAAAUGGUCGGUAAAAGCGCCAUGGGCGCGGAAGUGACAACUAAGGAACGCCCCGUUUUCAUACCGCCACGUAAACGUCAACAAAACAAAGCCGAGGCCAAAAAGCAAAACUAUGUGGAUCACAUAGUCAAUGUGCAACCAAACCGCGCCAAGCUCUCGCCCUCCAACCCGGGUCUUGAGGAAGAGCUGCUUAAAUCAAAGCUGAUCAUUAAAAACAAACAGCCGCUGCCACAGCUGCCUGGAGAACUGGGCUGUGCCCAGGACACCAUUGCAAGCACCAAUUCGGCUAGCUCCACGCAGCACAGCAAUAAGUCAACUCGAUCGGCCAAUAAUUUGAAUGAACUGCAGAACUUUGAGUCCGUUUCACAGGGCACCAAGUCCACGUCGCAGCGGCAUGAGAGUAGCACAGUAACGCCCAGCAGCUGCUGCUACUCGGAGAGCAGCCUCGAUGCCAAGAUGAGCAAGUCGCAGGAUUGCCUCAGCCUAAGCAAUCGAUCAUCCUCAAAGAAGCGCGUCAACAUACGCACCUCCGACUUGCCCCAUGUGCGCAGCCAGCGCGCCUCGCCUGACAUUACCAACUACGAGGAUCUGGAGUCGGGCGAAACUAGUGUGUUGAACACAUACGAUCACAGUCUGGAGCGUUAUCAGGCUCGCAAGGCAAUCGAUGGCAACAACUAUUUAACCAUGACAGGCACCAUCAAACGGGGUCGCAAGAAGGGGCAAUCAAUUGAUCUACAGAUUAACAUAAGUCGCGAGGAACUGGAACAGCUGAAUGCCCAUGCCAUGGCUAAUGAGUCGCAUAAGGGGCACAAUCUGUGCUGCACUUGCAGCUGCGGUGUUGGACUACACAUUUUUCUAAUCUCGCUGAUCUGUUUGCCCUUUGUGACGGUUAUCUCGGCUAUCUACUCUUUCUACAUUGGCACACUGACCUGGUACAAUAUGUUUAACUACUACUGUGAGGAGAAAUCGUACUUGCAUAAGAUUUUCGUAACGCCCAUACUAUUUUUGGCCUAUCCGCUGGCCAUAUUCCUUUGCACUAUUGGGCUGGGUUUGUAUUCGGGCUUUCGCCAGCUGAGUCUGCAAUAUAGUAGCUGGAUCAACGACGUAACCGAUAUAGAAAAGGGCUUUUAUGGGUGGCUGUGCGGCUUUCUACACAUGCCCGACUGCAGUCCCUAUGAGGUGGUUAUACUCACUGAUAUUUGCGUCGCCCCACAAGACCCGCAGCGCUUGCACAUCAAUAAGCCCAGGCAGGAGUUGUCCAUGUAAUAAAAAAAAAUGAAGUAAUCAAAAUCCAAUUAACAAGAGCAGCGCUAACCGUCGAAGCCGUGAAAAAGUGUUGACUGCAGCUGUCAUACAUCAAUUUGAAUUUAUCGUUUAACUUAACUUUAUUUAUUAUUUUUAUAUAGUCCACCAAUAAUCCCUGAAAGCACUGCAGCCACAUCAUAUCGAACUAUUUGUGACGGUUUCGAUUUUCGACCAUAUGUGUGAUAAACGUAAUUAGAAACAGAAAAAAAGAAAAAAAAAACAUUAAUGACACAAAUCUGUAGCUUUGUAAUGCGAGUACAUCAAAACUAAAGUUCAAUGCAUUUAGUUUCCUUUUUGGCCAAAUUUGUUCCUUUUGCAAGUUUAGCUUUAGAAAACAUCAACAAACAUAUACACAUAUAUACGUAUGUAUACAAAAAUAUAUAUACAAACUUAUCACUAUCCAAUUUUAUUGAGUCUAUGUAGCUAUUAAGAUUCUUGUCUUGUAAGCCACUCAAACAGCGUCUAUAUACUCAAAGAGCCGUUAAUAAUCAAUGUUUUCAAAGCUCUUUCUUGUUUCUCUCUAACUCAAAGCCAAAUCUUUCAAGAUCAGUGAGGAAUAUAUAAUUCCAGAGCAUUACAAUUGCAUUUACGGAUUAUGCAUUUAUAUUAUUAUAAAACAAAAUAAAACUGCGUAGUGGCUAUAAUGGAAACUUUUUUCUUAAUUGUAAGCAAACUACAUUUUUUAGUUUUAAGUACUACAAAUAUAUUUAAAAAAAAGCCAAUACAAGAGGUUAUAAUACUAAAAUAUAUGCGACAUGAGCAAACGUUUUUAAAUAGAAAUUCUACAAAUUAAGAGGUAUACUUAAUAACAAAAGAGAGCAGUUAUUUAAAUACUCUUGCAGACAUAUUAAUCUAAUAUCUUCCAGGAGUCGUGAACGUUCUUUGAUCAUAUAUAAGUCUAGAAUAAAUUAUUAAGAACUAGUUUUGCUUUAUACAAAAACUGGAAUAUUUUCAAGUGCAAUGAUUUAUAUAUUUGAGAUAUGUAUUUAUAUAUGUAAAAACCAGUAGUUUUUCCUAAGAACAACAACUUAAUUUUCGACUGAUCGUUCCUUUGACAGCUGCAUACAUAAAUGAUAUAGGGAACUGAUCCAGCCGAUUCCGAAAAAUGUACUGCUUGCUACACACAAAUAAUAUAAAUGUUUCAUAAUAGCUUCAAAAAUCAGAGACUGCUAUCCAUAGAAAUGUUGUCUUGAUCAUGAAAAUAUAUACGUACAUAAAUAGAUAUGUUUAUCAAUGUGUGACCAAAUUACAAUGCCCUCUGCAGGAUAUUAAAAUAGCACAUACAUGUAUUUAAAUAUAACACUUAUUAAAUUGAAUAAAUCAGUUCGUGAAAUAAACUCAACAAAUCUAUAACUGAAAAAAAUCAGUUGAAAUUCUUCCGCAAGCAUGGACAUCAAUUUAUUUAUUGAAGUUGUGUUUGAAAUUGAUGCAAUAGCUUAUACAUUUGUUGAUAUGUCUGCUUAUAAAUAUAUUUAGCGAUAGUUCUCAGAUAAUCGAUUUGGCAGAACGAAAAUGUUAUUUCCUUUGUGGAAUCUUAAAACAAAAUAUUGAGCUGAGAUACAAAAA